CGCACUUCAACAUGGCGGCUCCCAUCAGAGCAGCAAGGAAGCGAAAGUCUCCAAAAACUUUUACAGAACCUAAGCGUUUGGUGACACCAGGAGAUGUAAUAACAUCGGAUACUGACUUUAUGAGAGGACAUGGAACCUACCUUGAUGACGAUCAACUUCAUGCUUCUGUUGCUGGUGUCGUGGAAACAGUCAAUAAACUGAUUUGUGUCAAGCCAUUGAAAACAAGAUACAAUGGUGAAGUUGGUGACGUUGUGGUUGGAAGAAUAACAGAGGUUGCCCAAAAAAGAUGGAAAGUUGACACCAACUCUAGACUUAAUUCCGCCCUGAUGCUCUCUGCCGUCAAUCUGCCAGGUGGGGAGUUGAGACGACGAUCUGCGGAAGACGAAUUGUUGAUGAGAGAGUAUCUCGCUGAGGGUGACCUCGUCAGUGCGGAGGUGCAGUCUGUAUUUAAUGAUGGUGCUUUGUCAAUACACACAAGAAGUUUGAAAUAUGGGAAGCUUGGACAGGGCCUCCUCGUAACCGUCUCCCCAUCCUUGAUCAAGAGACGGAAGACUCACUUUCAUAAUCUUACUUGUGGAGCAAGUGUCAUCUUGGGUAACAAUGGAUACGUGUGGAUCAGUCCAACAGCUAUUGACGAAGAGGAGGAAGGUGGUGGAUUUGUCCAGAAUCUAGAGCCUGUUCUAUACUCUGAUAGGGAAGUUCUUGCCAGAUUGCGGAACUGCAUUGUUGGUAUGGCAGAGCAUCGAAUGAUGUUGUAUGAUACAAGUAUUCUCUAUACAUACGAAGCUUCCUUGAAAUACACGCCGGAGGAGCUUUUGAGAUCUGAAGUGAUUGAGGAAAUUGUUGAAGAAACCCGCAAGAGACUGGAGCAAGAAAAAUAGUGAAGGCUGAAAGUGGAAGCAGACUGGAGAUCAUGUCUUAAAGAUGCUGCCUGAGAUGAGAGAAUAAUAACCAGCCUUGAGAGACAGACUAGCAGGGGACCUGGGCCCAGUUUAAUAGAUAUAGGCUAGGAGAUAUAAAUAACGUGUGGCUAGUCCUAAAGUGAAAGUCAAGAUAAGACUAGUCUCAACACUUUGUGAAAUCCACCUGUAAGCA